AUGUUUUCCGAUAAUCAGAUUUUUCGAGAACUUCACAACGCAGCAAUUGAAUCGCUCGACAACUUACAACCCAUCAACUCUUUCCCCGUAUUCGCCAUUAUGGAAGUCAUGAAAUCCUCUUGCGAAGAAAGAGAAUUUCUCGUCGCUACUGGCAGCGUCUGUCUCUCAGACAGCCUGAUAAAGAUGUUCAUGGAUACUAUACCGCCCAGCAGGAGAUCAUCGCAUACCCUCACGGUCCUCCGACAAAUAGCGGGCGGGAAAGUUAUCCUCAUAAAAGUCAUGAAAGUGCUCUUUCCAGAUGGCGUAACGGGGCUCGCCAACGACCGGGCGUUCCUCGCUAUUCUGGGUGCAUUAUUCAAAGCUGGUUCUCGCGUUUUCGCUGUUGAGUGCAUUAAGAUCAUUUUUUGCCGGUUGGUACAGGCCGUUCAGAAUCAAGUCGAAUCUCUCUUUUUCUUGAAUGGUAUACGUGCCGUGAGCGAACGCUCUCGGCCGAAAAAGAACUAUUAUGAUACCAGGAGAGACGAGGCGAAUGUUAUGCGACCGGUCAACGACGCCAGGCGCGAUCCCAACCGAGUUUGGGCACCGCUCCCCUCCUUUGAUGACAAGAGGAAACGACGGACACGUGCCAACGGGGCAAGUUUUGAAUCGUACUCUAAGAGAUUUAGGACGCAGGUAGACAACUUUGACAACUUUGUUCUACCUUCUUCGUCGCUUUCAGGUCCAAGUACAUCUCCUUCAUACUCGUUAGGUGCAAGUAGCUCUCUUUCGCCGCCAUCAGGUUCUCCCUGUUCCUCGUCAACCCACUCGACUGGUAUCCUGGUGAAUCGCGCAAGAGAGGUAUCGAAUUGUGGAAGCACAAACGUUGAUAAACCGGCCAGCAAUUUACCGAACAGCAGUCAAGAUUCACGCAAGGCGAACGAGUCUAUCAAUCAACCUUGGCGAUUCAAUGAAGAAGCAAGCAAUUCCUUGCCUGCAUUGGCGGGGUCUUCGUUGGAUAAUCACGCCUCAAUAAUCCUCGAUACCACUACACCAUCUGGUUUUGGGACCAUGACGAAUGUCUCCUCUAUGAUGAUUUCUGGGCUCUCCGGCGCGUCUCAAGGUCACAGCGAAGUUUUUCUCUCAAACGCUCAGGCUUGCACCAGCUCUUCUGGCGUGAUGGGCUCUUCCCCACAACGAAUCAGGAAGGCCUCUUCACCCCCUCAGCAACAGAUCAAUGGUAUCCGUGACUCGAUUCCUUCAACGCCAAGCUCAAAAAAGAUUUCUGGCCUUGUUCCUUCGCCUAUUCGACCAUCAGUCUUCGGAACUGUAUUCACGACUAGCCUUUGCCUUUGCAACAAGGUCGACCCUCCGACAAAGUUACCCAUCCAGCGAAAUGAAGAUUCCGAAGACGAAGAAAGUGUCGCCCUCGCCCUCAUGACUGAUAUCCCUGACAGCCCCAUAUGCCCUGGCUUCUCCUUCGACGAUCUGCCUCUUCCAGCUGACUCAUCCAGACCGAUCUGA